AUGAGCUUCAUUCAACGCAUCACGAAACGGCUGCCCAGCGCGCCGAGCCUUCCUAUCGACGAUGCCCCCCGCGAGAAGGGCCGUAAUCCCUCCCGGUUUGCCUUCUUCCGCAGGCGCAUUCGAUUGAAGGGCAAUUCGUCGAUUUCUAUACCCCUGGGAUUUGUUUUACUAUUUCCAUGCCUUGUAAUUGUCUUCAUCUUACUUUUAUUCGUCCGACAUCCUUCGUCUCCCGGGGGUAUCCUAAUUCCAGCGGGCACGCCGCCCUCUAUCCGAAAAAUCAGCGAAAAGCAUGACAAGGUCUUCGCGACUGGUUGUCUGCCCAUCGACCAGGCCCGUAUCGACAAGGAACCUCGCGCCAAUGCCGCCUUUGUCGUUCUCGCGCGUAACAAGGAGUUGGAAGGUGUGAUCCAGUCGCUCAAGUCGAUUGAGCGCCACUUCAACCGCUGGUAUCACUACCCUUACGUCUUCCUGAACGACGGUGACUUCGACGAGGACUUCCGGGCCACCGUCAAGAACUACACUAGCGCUGCCGUGGAAUUCGGCAAGAUUGACAACACCAUGUGGGGUUUCCCCGACUGGGUUGACCACGAGGUCGCCAAGGAAGGUAUCCGCAAACAGGGUGACGCUGCUAUCAUGUACGGUGGCAUGGAGAGUUAUCACCACAUGUGUCGAUUCUACUCGGGACACUUCUACAAGCACCCCCUCCUGAUGAAGUACGAGUGGUACUGGCGCUUGGAGCCGGAGAUCAAGUACUUCUGUGAUAUCACAUAUGAUCCCUUCAUCAAGAUGGCAGAGGCAAACAAGACCUACGGUUUCACUAUUGCGGUUAAGGAGCUUCGCGAGACCGUUCCCAACAUUUUCCGCUACGCGGCGGCUUACAAGCGCAAGAACAACCUCAAGUCCAAGGGCUUGUGGGAGAUGUUCUUGGAGCGCCCCGCGGAGGAGGAGACCCCGGCUGAGCCCGAGAAGAAGCAGGAGAAGCUUCCCGACGAAAUUCUCCUGACCGAACCCGGUGACAAGAACCUUGACGACAUUGACCCCGAGGCUAUGGAAGGCGAGAGCUACAACAUGUGCCAUUUCUGGAGUAACUUUGAAAUUGCGCGCUUGGAUUGGUUCCGCAGCAAGCCUUAUGAGGAUUUCUUCAACAUGAUGGACCGUAGCGGAGGAUUCUGGAAUGAACGAUGGGGUGACGCUCCUAUUCAUUCCCUUGCCGCCGGUGCCCUUCUCUCCCCCAGCGACAUCCAUUACUUCCGUGACUUUGGAUACCGGCACACCACCAUCCAACAUUGCCCGGCCAACGCCCCGGCUCGCCAAUUGCCUCGGGAGCCGUACCUCGAAAGGACCACCGAUGAUGAGAAGAAGCGGAUUGAAGAAGAUGAGUACUGGGCCACUCCGGACCCGGUCAAGGAGAACGGCGUUGGCUGCCGCUGCCGUUGCGAUACCGACAUUGUGGAUGUCGAAGGCAAGCAAGGCAGCUGUCUCGCUGAGUGGGUUGAGGUGGCUGGCGGCUGGGCCUCUCCAUAA